AUGCCUACUGUCGGCACUCACGCAUUUAAUAGCACCUCGCUAAUCAUCCCUGUGAACAAGGACCUUAACAGAGUUCAGUUUAGAAAGCAUGACACUAGUCUUGUCCAUGUUAUAGACAUUCUCCUGCAGAACAGCAGGGUCCAGCAGAACCUUUCCAAUAACCUCAUACCAGGCCAGUUCUUCCUAGGAGGUUUGCUUAGUCUGUUCGCUGGCAUAGAGAUAUUGUUAGCUCUGCGCCUUCUCUUUAAUCAACUGGCGUUUGCGGUUACAAUGCUGAAGAGUCGUGCGAGGCACACCCGCCUGGCUGGCUCUAUACGACGACUGAGCGCCAGCUUCCAGGCCACAACAAGAGAACACAGCUUGGUCGCCUAUGAUAUAAUACAUUUCAAUACCAACAAGGGCCUCUUGCUAAACUCUGCUAAGGAUUACGUUGCAGAAACUCUCAGAAUCUAUAUUGCUAGGCUGAAAUGGCUUUCUAAGCUUAAAACUAUAUUCUUCUAUAACAGUGCCUUCUCCCUACAAGGGUGGUUAAGCGAAGGAGUGAAUAACAAAGUGAAUAAAAAGAUCAACAGUUAUCCCGGUAGAGAAAAGGUUAAAAAAAAUGGGGUCGAAUUCGGAAAUGCGGCUCGCGUUGUGGGGUGGCUCGCGACAUAG